AUGCCGUACUUCCAGAUACCAAAAUUCUUUUAUACCACAGGCAGUGAAGCACCGUUUGGAGCCGACAAUCUCGGUAGAGAAUUCGUGUUCGGCUUCCCGCCGAAUUUCGUUGAAGGACAGACCCAACCUACGAUUGGCAUCGUUGUGGAGGCCAUUUCAACCAACGUCACUUCCGUUAAGGUCAAUGUGCCGUUGAGGAGUUUGGGUUUCAAUUUCACACUUGAACCCGGAUCAGCACCCUAUGAUCUCGUGCUUCCUCCUGACCUUACGACGACUGGAGUAGGAAGUGUAACGAACGCUACGGUUGUGGUGAGGUCCGAUCAAGAUGUCUCAGUGACGGCUUACAAUAUCAAAACUUUUAGCAUGGCAAUGUUCACAUUGUUACCGAUCAAGUAUAUAGGUAAGGAAUACUUUAUCGCGACCCUUACGGAACCAAGAGGGGGUGUCGUUCUAUUGUCUGCAAUUAAUGAACCGACUGAAGUUAAAAUAGAAUUGACCGGUAGAGUGGAAUUUCGUGGUGAAUGGCAUUCACCGGGAAGUGUUAUUAUAUGUAGCUUGAGACCAUAUGAAACAUUAAAACUUGAAGUACUGCACGACGACAUCAUUGGAACAAGAAUUACUGGCAAUACGUCGAUUGUAGUGAUUAUCGGUGGCAUUUGUCCAAACAUUCCUGAUGGAAUACCAGCUUGCGAUCAUAUCGCCGAACAGCUAGUUUCAUUUGAUCGCUGGGGACGUUUAUUUUUACUAAGUCCGUUCGCCAAUCGACUGUCCGGAUAUCAAUUCCAAGUUGUUGCCGGGAGAAACAAUACAAGAGUAUCAUUGGGAAAUUAUGAAAGAGACUUGAACAUGGGGGAGCACUAUCUAGGAGAUAUAGCCAAUCAGAGCAUGACCUCAAUAUCAGCGACCAAACCAGUCAUGGUGAUGCAGUACUCGAAAGGUACGAACUCAGACUAUAGGCAGGGGGAUCCAGCCAUGCUGUUAGUGACUCCUUGGGAGCAAUAUGUAUCGCGUGUAGAAUUUCCUGUGUCAGACUUUUCCGCAGCAGGGAUCUCCGCAGUCUAUAUCGGUGUGAUAUCUGAAUGCAAUGCGACUCAUAACAUCGAGUUCGACAAGUACAAGUACAACGAGGUACCAUGGCUCUUUGAGUACGAUCUCGUCACCAGUGAUAACAGACUGAUUUGUAGUCGUUGGGUGACCAUAGAGGAAGGUAGUCACGUGCUGAAAAGCGAAUCAGCUACGCAAGUAACAGGUGCAGGAGAGACAGUAUUCACCGCUCUAGUUUACGGAGUUGGAGGCAGUAUCGCUUACCUGUACAAUGCAGGUUUUGGUCUGCAACCAAAAACGUGCAUCGCUCCAAGUUCUGACCCACCAUACAAGGAGAUUGAAGUGUCGUGUGCUAGUCAGCGAAGAAUUGAUUGUUCUGGGAGCAACCCAUGUCAGAACGGAGGUACCUGUGAGAACGAUGCAUGUACAUGUGCAGCCGGUUUUGAUGGUGUUUCGUGUAGUACAGGUAUGGACAUCUAUUGUAACAUAUGUUAAAGGGAAAAUUGAAUUUCGGUAUAGAGGGCACUAUAGAAAAUAAUUUUUAGGUGAGAUAAUGAAAAACUGAGUGUCAAAUUU